CGGUUCAAGAAAAAGACUCAUCCAAACGUACACUAAGAUCCGGUACGGUGUUGGCCGUGAAAAAUCGAAAACAAUGUCGACUCAGGAGCAAGCAGGGGAAGCUACAGCCUCCAACUUCAACCAAACCAACAAUAACAGCUGCGGUGGCGGCAAGAAGGAGGAGGACGCCGUUGUCAGCUUCAAGGACGCCCUCUGGAACGGCGGCUCCGCCUACGAUGCCUGGUUCAGUUGUGCUUCCAAUCAAGUUGCGACAGUGCUGUUGACACUACCAUACUCAAUUUCACAACUGGGAAUGUUGUCCGGAAUAUUACUACAAGUAUUCUACGGCUUGAUGGGAAGCUGGACUGCUUAUAUUAUCGCUGUCUUGUACCUUGAAUACCGUAGUCGAAAGGAAAAAGAAGGUGUUACCUUCACUAACCAUGUCAUUCAGUGGUUUGAAGUGCUGGAUGGAUUACUAGGGCCAUAUUGGAAAGCAUUGGGUUUGGUAUUCAACUGCACUUUCCUUCUUUUUGGUUGUGUCAUCCAACUUAUUGCCUGUGCCAGCACCAUAUACUACAUUAACGACCAACUGGAUAAGAGAACAUGGACAUACAUAUUUGGAGCAUGCUGUGCAACAACUGCUUUCAUCCCAUCUUUCCACAACUACAGAAUUUGGUCUUUUUUAGGUCUUGGUAUGACUACUUAUACCGCCUGGUAUAUGACUAUUGCUGCUCUUGUUCAUGGCCAGGCUCCGGAUGUUGUACACACCGGUCCGAAAAAGCUGGUGCUCUAUUUCACCGGCGCAACUAACAUCCUCUACACUUUUGGUGGCCACGCUGUCACUGUGGAAAUAAUGCAUGCAAUGUGGAAACCCCAAAAAUUCAAGUACAUAUACCUAUGGGCCACCGUGUACGUGUUCACACUAACGUUGCCGUCGUCGUCGGUCGUCUACUGGGCGUUCGGCGAUCAGCUCCUCAACCACUCCAACGCCUUCUCUCUCCUCCCCAAGACCCGCUGGCGUGACGCCGCCGUUAUCCUUAUACUCAUUCACCAGUUUAUCACGUUUGGAUUUGCGUGUACGCCGCUGUACUUUGUGUGGGAGAAGGUGAUCGGAAUGCACGAAUCGAAGAGCGUUUGUUUGAGGGCAUUGGCGAGAUUGCCGGUGGUGAUUCCGAUUUGGUUUUUCGCUAUUAUUUUCCCAUUUUUUGGCCCGAUUAAUUCCGCCGUCGGUGCCCUAUUGGUCAGUUUCACCGUCUACAUUAUCCCGGCCGUCGCCCACAUGCUCACCUAUAGGAAAGCCUCCGCUCGCCAGAAUGCUGUUGAGAAGCCUCCAUCCUUUAUGCCAAGCUGGACAGCAAUGUAUGCCCUAAACACGUUCGUGGUUAUAUGGGUCUUAAUUGUCGGGUUCGGGUUUGGCGGGUGGGCUAGCAUUAUCAAUUUUGUCAAACAAGUCGACACUUUCGGGCUAUUCGCCAAGUGUUAUCAGUGUAAACCGCCCGCCCAUCCAACAACGCAUUAACCGGGCCGGGUUUGGGUGUUAUUUUUCCCUUUUUCUUUUGUAAUAUUAUAAUAAAUAGAAUAUUAGGAUUACGAGCAGCAAAAUUAGGAUUUGUUCUUUGUAAAAAAUAAUGUGAUCAUGGAUUUUUAGCUAAUCUCCCAUCUUAAAAACUAAAAAUUGUUAGUUAUUGGAUAUUUCCUUGACAUUAAAUUUUUUUUUUUGGUUAAGAGAAGUUGUUAUAAACAUAAAU